AUGAAAGUGGACUGUGUGAUUGUUUUAAUGUGUUUGUGUCUGAAAGUGUGUGCCUGUGAACUGUCUGACGAAUUUCCAUUUCUAUUAUCCGAUGGAGAUGGUUAUUGGUUAGAUUAUUAUGCCGAGAAGAACAAUCAACCUUUUACAAUUAAACAAUGGGCUAGCGAGUAUUUAGAAAAUUUAGAUAAACUGACGCCGCUACAUGAAGCUAUAAAAUAUGGUAAGAAGAAUGAGACCAAAAAUCUCAUUAAUCAUGGUGCUGAUGUUAAUGCGAAAGGUACAGAAAAACAAACGCCCCUACAUUUAGCUGUAGAAAAUGGUGAGAAGGAUGUGGUUGAACUUCUCAUCGAUCGUGGGGCUAAAAUUAAUGCAGAAGAUCAAUAUAAACGAACGCCGCUCCAUUACGCUGCACAUAGAGGUAAGAAGGAUGUGGUCGAAUUUCUAAUAAAUCAUGGGGCUAAUAUUACUGCAGAAGAUCAAUAUAAACGAACGUCGCUCCAUAUAGCUGCUUCUAGAAGAAAGGGUAAAAAAGAUGUGGUUGAACUUCUCAUCAAUCAUGGGGCUAAUAUUACUGCAGAAGAUAAAGAUAAACUAACGCCGCUACAUCUAGCUGCACAAAGAAGUAAGAAGGAUGUGGCCGAAUAUCUCAUUAAUCAUGGUGCAAAUGUUAAUUCAGAAGAUAUAAAAAAACAAACACCGCUACUUAAGGCUGCAAUAAAAAAUAACACAGCUAUGGUCGAACUUCUCAUUAGUCAUGGUGGUAAUACUAAUGCAGAAGAUAUUAUGCAAGAAACUCCACUCUAUUACGCUAUAUUAUAUGAUAAUAUGGAUAUGGUCGAACUUCUCAUAAGUAAUGGGAUCAAUAUUAAUGCAGAAUAUAAAGAAAAAGGAACUCCACUUCAUACGGCUGUAAAAAUUGGUAGAAAGGAUGGGGCCGAAAUUCUCAUUAAUCAUGGGGCUAAUAUAAAUGCAGAGAAUAUAAAUAAAGAAACGCCGCUUCUUUGCGCUGUAAAAAUGUGUAAAAAUGAUAUAGCCGAACUUCUCAUCAAUCGUGGGGCUAAUGUUAGUGCAAAAAAUAGGGACGAACGAACACCGCUACAUAUAGCUUCUGAUAUAGAUUGGUGUCGAAAUAAGGAUGUGAUCGACCUUCUCAUCAGUCAUGGGGUUAAUGUUAGUGCGGAAGAUAAAGAUAAACAAACGCCGCUACAUCUGGCUGCACAAAGAAGUAGUAUAAUUGUGGCCGAAAUUCUCACCGAUCAUGGGGCUAAUGUUAAUGCAGUUGACAAAAAUACAUUAUACGCACUACAUUAUGCUGUACAGUAUGGUAAAUUAAUAGACUUAGUUGAAAAACUCCCAAGUUUUCUGGGAUAG